ACACAUUUCUUGUGAUUCACGUCAAGUGUCCUAAUGUUGUGCACCUCUUGUGUCCACCAAUUGGUGCGAAAUUGUGGUCAUUUGUGGUGAUAAUUGUGGGCCUAAUGAAUGUCUUUGACGAGUGAUGAGUCCCGCGAAGAACAGUUGGGAAUGAGUUUCAGACCAAUGAUUAUCUCGUUAUAAAUGAAUUCACGAAAGACUUCCUCCUCGUCCUCAACGACACUGUUGUCGACGACAAGCAAUGGUCGCACCAAUUGGUCCUCCAAUUCGUCACAAUUCCUGCAAACCAUUGAAGACAAUGUGUCCAAUGCUUACUACAAAUACGGACUCAUCUGUUCCCGACAUCCAGUUGUGGUCAUUGUGUCCACUCUUAUCAUUGUCUCCAUCUGUUGCUAUCCAUUGACUGGCAUUCGCUAUCUUUUGGGCAAUUCUUCACAAAAGUUUAUCACAUCCAUUGACAACACAUUUCCAUCCGAAGGCAUCGAUGGCCAGAGAAGUGGUGACACGAAUCCGAUCCCCAAUUGGUUUGAAACGAACCAAUCGUUUGCUUUUAUACAACAAAUAGUUGUCAAGUCUUCAGUGAUCCCAUGGAAAGACAAUCUAAUUCUUAUGGACGCCAUUCGGGCCCCUCUUUCGCAGUCUUUUAAGCUCAUGGAAACCAUUUCCAACUACCAGUUCCUCAACGACGAAAGAGCCGAAAGUCUGAAUAACUAUUGCUUUCAAAUAUCGGAACCGAUCGCCAAAAUGGUUGACAAACAGUCGGCGUCUUUUCUGCCGAUGUAUUCGUGUCUCGCCUUAAGUCCGGCCAACAUAUGGCAGAACGACAUCAAUAACUUCUUAAUGGACUCCACUAUCGUUAAGACCAUGUACUCAAUCAAAGAUCUCGCGUCUCCUCAUUCUUCUGGAAGUCUUCGUGAUAUUCUAUUCGGCAUUCCAUGGAUGGAGACCGGCAUCAAGAGGCUAUACGUGCGCACCCGACAGAGGACUAUCACUUUCGCCAUCACUUUAGUCAUGUCGACGCAAAGCCAACAAUAUAUCGACGGUUUGACCGCUUUUUUGAAAGAGAAAUAUUCAUUGAAUCCGACGCCAAAUGACAAUCAAACAGCCAAUGAAGACAGUGCUCAAGAGGAUGAUGAGCCCACUUGGGCGCUCGCCCUGUGCUCUGUGCUCACUGUCAUCAUGUCUUUACUGAUGUCUUUGGGCAUCUGUUUACGACUGGGCUUUAAUCCCACGCUAAAUGCCACUCAUAUUCUUCCGUAUAUUGUCAUAAUAAUCGGUCUCGAAAACAUGUUAGUUCUGACAAAGUCUGUUGUUUCGACACCCGCACACCUGGACAUCAAAGUGCGAGUGGCGCAGGGCCUGAGCCGGGAGGGCUGGUCUAUCACUAAAAAUCUCAUGACUGAGAUCACACUUUUGACAUUUGGUUUCUUCACGUUUGUUCCAAUGAUUCAGCUCAACAACAAAGUCAAUAGCAAUGGCCACACAAACGCACAGAAGACACACAGUAGACAUAACUCGUCGGCAGACAAUGGUUUAACAUUUGGUAACCGGACGUAUGGCCAGAAUGUAUUCGCCCGGCCAUCCAAACCGAGUCACUUCAAAAUGCCUAAACGUUUACGAGUUGUGUAUUUUGUGGCGCGAACUCGUUUAGUGCAAAGGGCUCUCAUGUUAGUCCUAAUCGGUUGGAUCUCUUUUUUGGUCUACAAUUUCGAGAUUAUCGAGAAUUUGAGUCGUGAUUCUCAGCACUCCAUUGGAAACCCAUUCUUUCAGUCACCAAAUGCCCGAAACAAUCAAUUUGUAGCGAAAAGCGCACUAAAUAGUGAACACAUUAACCAAAAGUCGUCUAAAACCGAAGACAAGUUUGACAACAAUUCUGAUACGACUGCAGACAUGCCUCAAAUGCAUCGUUUGGUUCAUCACAACCCAAAUCUGUGGAAAUCGUUGUCCUCUCAGCACUGGUCAGCGCUUUUCAAUUACUAUAACCUCUCGCUGUCCGGCAAUUAUAUUACAAUUUUACCGCCAAUACUACUCUCCAUUCCCGUGAGUCCCGAGUCGACCGUCCAGACCCGAAAUCCUGCCGAAAGCGAUCCACAAAUCUUUCGCCAAUUUCUCUCUCCUCCUGGCCUUCAAUCCAUUGAUCCGAACGACGAAAAAGACGACAAUUUCAACGGUUUGAACACCGAUUCAAUUCCACACAUUCCGAUGCAGUGGAGUUCAGCUGAAAUCUUCAUAACAGUGGCCCUAUCGGUGCCGAGUAUUAUAUUUAUUAUAUACGUGUUUGUGCUGAUGUAUAGGUGUAUGUGUUCUCGGAAUUACGCCGAAUGGCGAGACUCGUGGUCACAAACUCUGAAAUUUGGCAAAAAUCAGACCAUCAAAAAGGGUGUUUCGAGUUAUGACUUCAUUGACUUCGAAACCAAUCCAAUUCGACUCCAAGACCACGAACAAGAGCUCAACCACUUGGCCUCAAAUAGCGACACACCGUUUGUGCUGUCGAUCUGCACGGACGGGGACUUGAGGGUAUGGGACGUCCUGUCGGGUGAGUGUCAUACGUAUAUCAAGCGCUUUAUCAGCGAGCAGUCAGUUGUGCGCAAACGCUUCCAACCGACACAUAAGCCGAGCGGAAGCUUCUCAUCGGACUCGACGUACGGCUCAUCGCCUGGAAAUGCAAACGACUUCUUGACUGAAAUACCGAAUAAUAAUUUGAAUCAAAUCUCCGAAAAGCAAUCGCCACUCAUUCACAGGACUGGCAGCGCCGGCAGUAGUGAUGGCUAUAAUUUUUCGCCAUAUUUGAGUCAACAGACCUCUUACUCCUCACAAAACCUUUUGACUGAAUUAAUACUUAACGCUGUCGUGAACUCGGAAGAGGUGUCGCCGAACGAGAUCUCAGUGAACCUAAAGACCGAAUCGAGUCUUCCAUUUGAGCCCAUUUGGUGUUCAGACAUAUUCGGGAAACUCGUUAUAAUUGGCUGCAGAAGCGGUCGACUCGAGGUGUGGGACGCACUGAACGGCAAUCUCUGCUUCUUCUACGACGACAACAAGAGUGGUGUGACGGCACUGAAGGCCACGAACACCAAACUAGUGGUCGCCAGACUUAACGGAACCCUCGAGAUAUUCAAUUUGGAAAUUAUCAAUGGCUUUAGUGUCAGCAUCUCUUCGAGCACUUCCCAGUCGUGUCCGCAUCCGGCCAAAGGCCAAGUGAUUCGCUAUAAUCUGAUGCAUUCAAUUCGCGCUCACUUGCAGCCAAUCACUGCUCUCCAAAUUGAAUCCUCAAACGUUAUAACCGGCGGUUUGGACCACUUAUUGAAGGUCUACCGCACGGACACCGCUAACUGUCUGUUCACACUUCACGGACAUUGUGGCGGAAUAACUGCCAUUCAUAUCGACCAAUAUUCGCCAUCCACUGCAAUCAGUGGCUGUCAAGUGGGACAGGUGUGCGUAUGGGAUGUCAUGACCGGCACCUGUGUCUUCAGCUUAGAAGCACAUAUGGACGCAUCAGUGACGGCACUCAUAGCCACUCCACUCUAUUUUAUCAGUUCAGGAACUGACAACAGAAUCUGUCAUUUGGUUCAUUGCAUUCAAAAUCACCACAGCUUCUGUAAGGAACUGCUUUUACUGACGCCUAACAUACUGGUGACGGCCAGAGAGGAUCACUUAGUUUUGUUUGACAUAUCGGAAGCCAUAGCCAUUAGAAUCAUUGAAUUGGACGCCAAUUGCGAUAAACAAAACUAUAUCAAGAACCUGAAGAUAUCGUCUCAAAGUCGUGCCGUAGUCUGCGAUUACGGCAAACAGUUGUGUGUCAUUCACUUCCCCAGUGUUACUGAAAAGAGUGAUUAAUUUAUUGGAUUUUAUUUUUAUUAAUUAUUCAAAGUUUGUGAACAAAAUGCGAGAUUUGAAAUGAAUUUGAAGUUUUUAUUCUCAGUACAGUACUAGUCAUU